AUGGACGAGAAGCUCUGGAAGGCCAUUCAAGAAAACCACGCUUCUCGAUACGUGGUGCCCUCAACUUCGUCUCGAAGCGGCCGUUACCACCUGGGGACUGUGCCUGCGACGGGGAGGAGUAUUGCCGGCACCGCAUUGAACACAAAGAGUCCCGACUUGCGACAAUUGAUUUUGGAGGGCUUUAUCAAUAUGAAACUUGUCACGGAGCGGUUCUUGCCGUAUUUCCCGAGUCUACGGAUCCUCAAGAUACACACAACACACAGAUCCAGGAACGAGUUUUGUGUGAGGUCCAUCAUGAAGGCCUUGCCGUGCCUCGAGGCACUUCAUUUUCAGCAUACAGGAACUAUGAAUGCUGUGGAACUCCCUGGAGCGUGGACGGAGGAGUCGACAGGAUUGGCGACAGUCACUCGACAUUGUCUGCGAUCCCUCGUCAUAAUCAAUGCCUGGAUCCCACAGGCUAGUCUUGAGGAUUUCCUUGUCACCUCACCCCAACUCAAGGAACUCAAGCUGGUGCUCCUACAGUACCCUUAUAAGCCUGGACCCUAUUACGACCCUGCACGCCUGCUUCGACAUAUCCGGAGCCUCUCACUGGAACUCGGCAACUUUCAUUUCUCGGACAGGUCUAGUCUCAGCAACCCGGUCCUUGAACGCGAACUCAACUUGGAGGUCUGUCCACAGUCGACCAACAGGAUUUUUCGGGGUGGCCAUUUUACUCGGGACGUUUUUAGGGCGCUCGAUCAACUGCCGAACGUGUUGACUACUCUCGAGCUACUGGGAGCGUGCACGUUCUUGCAUGACUACCUCUGCGAGUCGCCGUUUCUUGUACACCUCAAGGCGCCCCUGACCGACAUGCCAAUCCAACACCUGGUCAUUCAUACGAGCGGGAACUCGCAACCGACUACCUUGGAGCGUGGUGGUUCUCCUCUGAAAGUUUGGGCGUGUCGAGGACUUCGAACGCUACAACUACUUUUUCGAGGCGGCACGAACUGUAUCCGCGACGGCAACAAGAACAGUAUGGUCGUCUUUGGAUACAUCUCUCGAGUUUGUCCUCUCCUUCAGGAGCUUGAGAUCUAUGGACCGGACGUACAGACGGACGGAUGGGUCGACCCCUCUAAUCACAGGAUCAAUUUGGAUCUUUCAAGUGGGUUGGUCCUCUUGGCGAGACUCCGAUAUUUACGGCGACUUUUAAUCGGGGCGAGUGACGCUCAUCGGCCAACCCAUUUGGGACUCAAGAGAGUCGAUGUUGACUGGAUGGUGGCUUCAGGAUAUAGCGAGGAGAGGAGACAGGCGCGACAGGCAGUCAUGGAUAGUUGGGAAGUUGGGAUUCAGGACGAUGUCAAGAACUAUGAGACAGGUGUCGUUAUCAUCCCUCAAGUCUCGUCCAACUGCAAUAAUCAAGAUCCGUCAGUCGCAGGAGGAUCAGAGCUGACGUACCACUUGAGGCACCUAGGGCAGAGAGUGGAUGUCAUAUUGAUGCUGGAGGAGCUGCAUGCUGCCGGGGUCGGGUAUAUGGUCUGGCCAGAGUUGGAGGAGCAAGUCUUUGACGACACCUCAGUCGAGACGUUCUUUGCUGUCUGGCCCUCGGUCAACGUUCUUCUUUCCUUCUCUGAGGCGGCGCUUCCUAAGGCUCGCAAGAGGUGUUUUGAAUUCUUGAGUUUGAGGGUGGCGCGGCGGUGGUAG